CUGCUGCACCACCGAUGGAAACGAUGCCUAUACUGCGUGAAUGCCAAGUGUCGGCCCGUUCGGCACCGAGCUGAUACGAAACCGCUCGAAAUGAACACACACAACACAACACAACACGGGCGCACUUAACUUCUUAUCCCACUGUGCCUCAAUCGCACAACGUAUCUCGGUCGCGUAGCCACGAACUUCCUGUUUCACGCGCAUCCUAGAGUCUCUCAUCGUCUCGAAAUUCUUCCGACUAGAGUACUUCUAGUGCUGAGUAUGCAACGCGUACCCCGCCACACCAGACUGCGCAAACAUUCCAAGACCAAAGAUGGAUGAAGAGCUCCACGACCUCGAGCAAGAAUAUUGCCCACCGUUAGACCCCGCUCUUAUUCACGCGCUGUACCCAGACUAUGCUGGACAAUCGGGUGGCACGCAGGUGCUGAGAGGUCUUUUGGAAGACCUCAAACAGACUGCUGCAGCCGAACAGCUUACCGAGUUCGAUCCGUCGGGCAGCAGUGGCGGCGCGGUGCGAACCAGUCCGAGCAAACAGUUCGACGAUGCGGAGUCGAGUACAGAGACAUGGACCUCGCUGUCACAGACGAACGGGACUGACUCCACAAGCCUUUCGAACGGCUUGGCGACAUUGGAAUUGGGUGUAGACUCAGACCAUCUGGCUUUUGGAGGGUAUUUCCGAGAAACGGAGGGCUACGACACACCAACCAAGGAAGCGCUGCUCGCCGAGACGUUCCCCACCUUGCGGCUCGAAUUUGUCACGUACACGUUGAAGAAGUGCGGAGACGACUUUGAGAAGGCGACGGAUGAGCUGCUGAACCACGUGUACUUCCACGAUGUAAGCGGAAGCCCUGGAGAUGAAGUGCCCGUUGUGAAAGGCAUCGACGCAUUUUCGGAGGAACACCAUCUGCCACAACGGGGUAAGAAGGGAAAGACGAAGAAGAGGCAAAUUCAUGUGGACUAUCACAAUGUGGCAUCAGCGUCUAACUCAGAAUCAGAGCUCAGUCCCACCGCGCCAAUCGCAAACAGGUGGAAAGACAGCGGGCGAGAUAUCGAGUUCUUGUCAUCGCGAACGAAGGUCUCUGCAAAGACCAUUGCAUCCUUGUACCACGCGAAUGGCCUCUCACUAGCGGGCACCAUUGUUGCGAUGAUGAAGACAUCUAUUGCUGACCACGGGAAGAAAGAGCCUGAAGCACGUAUCAUUCAGCCCGCGUUGGACCUCAACGAAGAAUUUCCAAACAUCGAAUUAGAUUACGCCAUCGCUUUGAUCAGGCUAACGGCACCCUCAACAUCAUAUGCACACGAACUCGCAAAGAAAAUCACCGGUUGUCCGAGCGCAUCCUAUGUCACUAAAGGUAGCAUACAAGUCAUACCCCAAUACGCUCCCGUCAGUCUGUCAGAGCCAACACCGGAGAGCACGAAAUUGCCCGACCUUGCGCCCUCUGCCACCCCACAUACAGCCGCUUCCCUCGCCGCAGUCCGCAGCUCAGCCUUCAAUAAUGCCUCGGCUUCUUUCCGCAAAGGUCGCUCAAACCCGCUUUACAAAGCUGCAGCAGGCUAUUACGCUCAAGUUGGACGCGACGCCAAUGCCCACCUCCGAGCGCAGUCAGAGGCCGAUGCUGACGUAUUCGUCUCGCAGCAGUCGACUUCUACUGUGCUGGACCUCCAUGGUGUUACAGUGGACAGCGCAACCAGGAUUGCCAAGCGGAGGACCAAGGCAUGGUGGGACGGUUUAGGUGAGGCGAGAAUCCCCGGCUAUGGGCAGGGCAGAGGUGGUGCUAGGGAUGGAUUCAGGAUCGUCACGGGCCUGGGGAGACACAGUGAGGGUGGUAGAGGAAAGAUUGGACCCGCUGUUGUAAGGGCGUUGGUUCAGGAGGGGUGGAGAGUCGAGGUGGGAAGCGGAGAGGUGAUUGUUACGGGGAAGGCGAAGCGCACCCAAGCUCCUCACUAAGAAUGAGAGAUGUGGGCAAUUUGUGCGAGCUGUCCAUAUUCCGAUAUACAUGGAGAGUGGCAUGUGUUGGGAGAAGAUCUCGGGAAUGUGCAGAGCCGCUUUUCAACAGCCACCUGGUCGUACUGUUCAUGCACCGCAAUGCCUUGAGAGUGCGCGUUCAAGCUGCAAUGCAUUACCCAAUUCAACACAUCUCGCGUCC